CAUCUUCCUUUUCAUUUCUCUCUACAACAUCUUUCUGUAGGGAAAUGGAUGUACCGGUGAUCGAUCUCACCCCAUAUGUGGAUGACGCGUCCGGCAAGUUCAGCUGCGACGAACUUCUGCAUCCUGAGCUCAAGAAAGUGUGCUCAGAGGUCAGCCGGAUCCUGCGAGAAACCGGAGCUCUGCUGGUCCGAGAUCCACGAUGCUCGACCGAAGAUAACGAUAGGUUUAUCGACAUGAUGGAGAAGUAUUUCGAGCAGCCAGAGGAAGUUAAGCGUGUCCAAGAGCGUCCGAACCAGCAUUACCAGGUGGGUUCGACACCAGGAGGAAUAGAGAUUCCACGUAGCUUGGUUGAUCUUGAAAUGCAAAAGAAGUUGAGAGCACUGCCGAAAGAUCGCCAGCCUACGAUCCCAACGGGUCCAGAUCUUAAGGCGCGGUACAUGUGGAGGGUCGGCCCUCGACCAUCUAAGACUCGGUUCCAGGAAUUGAACUCGGAGCCCGUCUUGCCUGAAGGCUUCCCGGAAUGGAAACCGAUCAUGGAUUCAUGGGGGUUUAAAAUGAUAUCGACCGUGGAGGCUGUCGCUGAAAUGGCUGCAAUUGGAUUUGACCUACCAAAGGACUCUUUCACUAAUCUAAUGAAGUUGGGCCCACAUCUUCUUGCACCAACAGGAAGUGACCUGGGACGUCACGGUCAAGAGGGAACCGUGUUUGCCGGAUAUCACUACGACAUAAACUUUUUAACUAUUCACUACAAAACUAAAUUCCCCGGUCUAUUUAUUUGGUUGAGGAACGGGGAGAGAGUCGAAGUUAACGUUCCCGACGGCUGUUUACUUAUUCAGGCAGGAAAACAGUUAGAAUGGAUGACUGCUGGUGACUGUAAGGCCGGUAUGCAUGAAGUCGUGGUAACUAAAAGCACUCUAGACGCAAUUGAAAAGGCGAAAAAGGAAAACCGAAGCCUUUGGAGGGUAUCCUCAACUCUAUUUUCCAAUGUAGCAUCCGAUGCGGUGCUGAAACCUUUGGGACAUUUUGCAAAAUCUCCACUUGCGGUCAAUUAUCCGCCCAUGCUCGCUGGAGAUUACUUUGAAAAAGAACUAUCUGUGAUUAACCUCAAAGGAAAAAAUGGGGCUUAGAUAGUCGAAAGUGGCACGUCUAUGGUUGUUUGUAAGAUAUCGUGUGAAUAAGUGAUGGAUCGAAGGUGAUUUAUGUCUGUUUGGUCCACUGUGGUGUGAUUUUGCAGCGUUGUUAUAUGUUGUGUGACGUCGUAUGCGAUUUCCGUUGUAGAUUGUGUAAAUCGUGCUUGGUAUUUAACGAAAUAAAAUCUCUUUUGUCGGUCUA